CCGCUUGGUCUGUGCCGGCGGCUGGAGCCGCGAAAGAGUCCGUGUCCCUACAGCUUCUUUCGCGUUCGAUUGACGCGGCGCGCUCCGAGACUGGAAAAUGAAGGGCUACUAGAGUAAGUGCUCCCCUCGGCCGCAGGAGUUGGAGUUAGAAUACUUCCUUCCCGCCGGACAACUGCUCGGCGAAACCGGGCCCCGCCCCCUCCCUCCUUCCCUGCCCCUUUCCUGGUGGAGUCCCACUCUUGUUCGGGCCGUGAGCCCCUUCUAAGAUCAUGAAGCUCGUGAGGAAGGACAUUGAGAAGGACAACGCGGGCCAAGUGACCCUGGUCCCCGAGGAGCCCGAGGACAUGUGGCACACCUACAAUCUAGUGCAGGUGGGCGACAGCCUGCGCGCCUCCACCAUCCGAAAGGUGCAGACCGAGUCCUCCACGGGCAGCGUGGGAAGCAACCGAGUCCGCACGACCCUCACUCUCUGCGUGGAGGCCAUCGACUUCGACUCUCAAGCCUGCCAGCUUCGGGUCAAAGGGACCAACAUCCAAGAGAAUGAGUAUGUCAAGAUGGGGGCUUACCACACCAUUGAGCUUGAGCCCAACCGCCAGUUCACCCUAGCCAAGAAGCAGUGGGACAGUGUGGUGCUAGAGCGCAUUGAGCAGGCCUGCGACCCGGCUUGGAGCGCUGAUGUGGCAGCUGUGGUCAUGCAGGAAGGCCUCGCCCAUAUCUGCUUAGUCACUCCCAGCAUGACCUUAACUCGGGCCAAGGUGGAGGUGAACAUCCCUAGGAAGCGGAAAGGCAACUGCUCUCAGCAUGACCGGGCCUUGGAGCGGUUCUAUGAACAGGUGGUCCAGGCCAUCCAGCGCCACAUACACUUCGAUAUUGUAAAGUGCAUCCUGGUGGCCAGCCCAGGCUUUGUGAGGGAGCAGUUCUGCGACUACAUGUUUCAGCAAGCAGUGAAGACUGACAACAAAGUGCUGCUGGAAAACCGGUCCAAAUUCCUGCAGGUACAUGCCUCCUCUGGGCACAAAUACUCCCUGAAAGAGGCCCUUUGUGACCCUACUGUAGCUAGCCGCCUUUCAGACACUAAAGCUGCUGGGGAAGUAAAAGCCUUGGAUGACUUCUAUAAAAUGUUACAGCAUGAACCUGACCGAGCUUUUUAUGGACUUAAGCAGGUGGAGAAGGCCAACGAGGCCAUGGCAAUUGACACAUUGCUCAUCAGCGAUGAGCUCUUCAGACACCAGGACAUAGCCACACGGAGCCGGUACGUGAGGCUGGUGGACAGUGUGAAAGAAAAUGCAGGCACGGUUAGGAUCUUCUCCAGUCUUCAUGUAUCUGGGGAACAGCUCAGUCAGUUGACUGGAGUGGCUGCCAUUCUCCGCUUCCCUGUCCCUGAACUCUCUGACCAAGAGGAUGAUUCUAGUUCUGAAGAGGAUUAAUGAUUGGAAUAUGUAAUUGAGACAACCUUAUUGCCUCACUGCCUCACUUCUGCUAUAUGUUUCCCUAGCAUCCUUGUGACACUUUUUGACUCAUAGAGGGAUCUCUGAUGUAUUUGAUCACACUAGGUCACAAGCUUAUUUUUUGGUUAGCAGGACAUUUAUUCAAACUAAAAAAAAUAAAUUGUGAAAGAAA